GGAGGGCUGCGCGGGCGCAGUUCGCGGCCGCCGAUCGGUCUGGCAGUGGCCGUCGGCGCGGCGGGGCGAUGCGGCGGCGGGGCGCGGUGCAGCGUAAGGUGCCGUGCCUGUUCGUCACCGAGGUGAAGGAGGAGCCCUCGGCCAAGCGGCAGCGGCAGCAGGAGAUGGUGACCAGUUUACAAUUCAGAGCUGACGAGGGAGCGAGGAGGGAUGGAUGGUUAUACAGGAAGCCAUUUAAAGUUUUGGCAACUGAAACUCUAAAUGAAAAGGCGUUAGAGGCAGAUAUAUACAAUGCAAUUCCUACUGAAAAGGUGGAUGGAACCUGCUGUUAUGUAACUACUUAUAAAGGGCGACCAUAUCUGUGUGCAAGGCUGGACAGAAGACCCAACAAACAAGCUGAAAAAAGGUUUAAACAAUUCUUAUAUUCAUUGGAAGAUUGCAAAGAAUUUAUUUGGAACUUUGAAGAAGAUUUCAAGCCUGUUCCUGAUGCCUGGAUUCCAGCAAAGGAAGUAGAGUUCUCUAAUGGCAAUCCUUUGCCUGAUGAAAAUGGACAUAUGCCAGGUUGGGUGCCUGUGGAGAAAAAUAGUAAGCAGUAUUGCUGGCACUCAUCUGUUGUAAAUUAUGAGGCCGAAAUAGCACUGGUAUUGAAACACCAUGCUGACCCUGGGCUUCUGGAAAUCAGUCCAGUGCCACUGUCAGAACUUCUAGAACAAACAUUGGAGCUUAUUGGGACGAAUAUUAAUGCAAAUCCAUACGGAUUGGGAAGCAGAAAGCAACCUGUACAUCUUCUUGUACCACAUGGAGCAUUUGAAAUAAAGAAUCCACCUACUUUGAAUCAAAAUGACAUACUGUCUUGGUUUGAAGGCUGCAGUGAGGGUAAAGUUGAAGGAAUUGUGUGGCACUGCCGUGAUGGGUGUUUAAUCAAGCUCCAUCGCCAUCAUCUUGGUUUAUGCUGGCCACUUGCAGAGACAUACCUGAAUUCUCAGCCUGUUGUCGUUUCUUUUAAUAGAAAUGAUUAUGACUGUGACUUUGGACCAAAGAGUUUGUUUCACCAUUUUUCAAACCUAGAUGGUCAAAGAUUCGACAGACUCAAAGAUAUCAAGUUUGAUGGUUGAAGUUUUUUUUUUUUUAUUCUAAGUUAAUUGCUGUAUGUCCUGCAUUCCUCUUGUUUCUGUCUAUCACAGAACUCCUUACAAAAAGGAAUCUUGCUGGUUAGGCAGUGGGCACAAUACUCUGCAGUUUGAAGUUCUUCCUAAAUGACUAAUUGUAUGUAAUAGGAAAUGUGACAUUCAGAACAGAGAUCUAGCUUUCAGCAUGUUUUUUAAUCACUUCUGAAAAAAUCCUUAAUUUGUGUACCCAUUCUUGGAACCGUUAUGGUCAAAUAGUGUGUUGUCCAAUACUGGCUGAUCCGAGUAGUUUAGUUAAUGAAUGCCAACAACUGUAAAAGUUCCAUAGACUGCCCUUUUCUAAAUAUAAUUACUGUAACAUGUAGAAUUCAGAUUGUUUUUUCUUACCAGCGCAAGACAGAUUUCUGGUGGGACUAGAAUUAGGCCUGAAAUGUGAUAAUUUUUUAAAGGUUCGAGUUCUUCUUGGGGAAGGCAUUCACUGUAUUAUUUAACUGAUAAGUUUCAGCAUUAUGCUAGUGCCUGAAAACCUAAUUAAGUUAUUUCAUAAUUUGGGACAAAGAUCAAAGUAAGUAAUAGGAAUUAUACUCAUUCUAUUUUGAAGAUCCGUAGUAACUAGAAAAAGAUGUGACUUGGUUUAGUAAUAGGCAUUUUGAGACUGCAUCUAAAUUUAUCAAGGAUAUAUUAAGUAUUUGAAAAAAGAUGGCAUAAAUAAAAGUGAGAAUGCGUGA